AUAAAGUUGAACCAUUGAUUAAAGAACAAGCUAAACAAGAUGAGAAACAAGAAAUAGAGCAAGAGGAAAUCGUUGAAGACACGGUUCAAAAUAUCACUAUUGAAGCUAAUGACACACUUUCGUCACCAGUUGGAGAAAUUAGUCAUGUGCACAAACCAAUCCAAAAAAUGGAUGACACUGAAGAGUUUGGAGCGGAAGAAAUUACCCAGGAUGACCUUGAAAUUCAACCAACUUCUGAAGAGAUCGUAAAUUUUGAAGUUAUCCAAAAGAAUAAUGCACCUGUAAUUGCAAACCAAGGUAGAGAAAUUGUUCAAGGUGCAAGUAAAGACAUACAAGUGAAGGAAUUAGAGAGUAAAAAAAUCAUGAUUAAAGACAAGUCCAACGAAAUAGUUGUCAAUGAUUCGUUUUCUACUAUAGUCCUUGAUGAUUCCAUUUAUAAAGAGGAUCAUGACACUAUUGAUAAAUCUCAAAAUGAAUCUCAUGAAGAUUCUUUAACGACAGAAUUAGCUAAAGAUCAUGAACAUAAUGAUUCGUUUUCUACUAUAGUCCUUGAUGAUUCCAUUUAUAAAGAAGAUCAUGACACUAUUGAUAAAUCUCAAAAUGAAUCUCAUGAAGAUUCUUUAACGACAGAAUUAGCUAAAGCUCAUGAACAUGGUACCUUUACCUCUGAUUUAAUAAAAGAUCAUGCCGAAACUUUAGUCAAUUUGAUGGAUAACGAAAAUGAUGAAAAAGCAUCUGAAGAAAUAU